AUGGCCGACGCGCACUCGCUUGCGCUUGCUUGCUGGCCUGCGACGCCUACGCCUUUCCGUCCGUCUCCCUCGCAGGCCUCCUGCCCUGCCCUGCCUCGUUUCCCUCGAGGCUCGAGCCCGCGUCAGCUCAACUCGGCCGUCGCCGUCACCGCCACCGUCGAGGUCACGCGACCUUGCCGCAUCGGAUCGCCGUUUUCGACGAGGACCUGCCAGGCCCCCCCGGAGUGCGAGCAUCUACUGGCUGGUGCACCCAUGUGCCGGGGUCUGCGCCCUCGUACCGGCGGCCUGGUGCCCGCUGAACCUGUACCUGGACACCUUGGCCCACGCAUCGAGAGCGAUGGCCCGUCUCCAGCGCCGAGACGAGCUUCUCGCCCGAGGAUGGGCUUGGCAGUCGACUGCGUACCGCCAGCAGCGCACCGUACGCGCAGGGGCAAGCUUCGAUUUUGCCGUCUCCUGCCCACCGCGGCCGAUGGCGUCGAUGCAACCGGUGGAACAGGUAUUUCAGAUAUCCGAACGGAUAGGCACGACGCCUGA